UUGUUUGCUCUUGAAUGUUAUGCCAAACUGUCAAACUUUAAAGACGUUAAAAAUUAAAAUCUAGACAAUUAAUUUGUUAAAUGUUCACGAAGAAUUAUUUUUUCAAUAAUAAAUUUUAAACAAGAAAAUAAAAUACAAUUUCGAUCAAAUGCAAGAAUGAAAGUAACUGUUAAAAGUUGGACCGGUGUAGCAACAUGGCGUUGGGUUGCAAAUGAUGAUAAUUGUGGAAUUUGUCGUAUGGCAUUUGAUGGUUGUUGUCCCGAUUGUAAAUUACCCGGUGACGAUUGUCCUUUAGUUUGGGGCCAGUGCUCUCAUUGCUUCCACAUUCAUUGCAUUGUUAAGUGGUUACAUUCUCAACAAGUCAAUCAACAUUGUCCUAUGUGCCGUCAAGAGUGGAAAUUUAAUAAUAAAUAGAUUCAGGAUACAACAGCAGUAUAAUAAUUCAUAUGCAAUGUCUUCGUUACAAGGAUUACCACCGUUACCAAAAAGUUUAAGUGGAUUUAAUUUAUCAAAUGUGGAAAGUGUACCGACACAGCCACUUAGAAAUA